GCCCCUCUCGGCUCGCCGUAGCAGACAGCAGCAGCUGGAAUGUGUUUGCGGAAGUUUCUUUUUAACGCUCGGCUGAGAUUGAACCGCUCUAACGUUAGCUUUCUUGGUUUCACUCGGUCUUACUCAAACAAAGAAAAUGGAUUUCAGCUCGGAAUCUGUGAAGAAAGUUCUCUCGAAGUAUAAGUUCCGUGAUGUUGCUAUUGAAGAGCUGAACAAAGUGUCUCGGGUCCAUCCUGAUAUGAAAGUAAUAUCUGCAACAUAUACAUCUAGUGACAGUUUACAGAAGGAGCUGCUCAAACUGGUUGGGAACAUCCCUGUCUGCUAUCACGGGCGCUCGUAUAACCUGCCCAUCCUGUUGUGGCUCUUGGAUUCGUUCCCUCUCGCGCCUCCCAUCUGCUUCCUGAGACCCACAUCCAGCAUGGUCAUACGGGAGGGUAAACACGUCGACUCAAAGGGCAGAAUACACCUGCCCGGCCUGCACAACUGGGACCAUCCAAAGUCAUCUGUGAAUGGGCUUCUGGCAGAGAUGAUCGCUAAGUUUGAGGAGGAGCCUCCACUGAGCACCAAACCUGCAGCACAGGGGGACAGUCCCAACGAUCUGCUGGCCUAUGUGUCAAACCUCAGCCUUCAAGAAGGUGGAAACCGUCUUGAUCAGGAGGUUAAGGUGUCUGUGAUUGGUGGGGGAGAUUUGGGAAUUGCUGCGGUGCUGAGUAUUAUGGCAAAAGGCUGUGUUGACAAACUGGUUUUGAUUGACGUCCCUGAGAGCUCAACUAAAGGUGGCACAAUGGAUUUGGAGAUUUUCAGUUUGCCAAAGGUCGAGGUCUCAAAAGACCUGUCGUCCUCGGCCGGCUCUAAGGUGGUGGUGAUCACAGCCAAUGCCUGGAGUGAUGAGCAGUCAUAUCUGAGUGUAGUUCAGACUAAUGUGGACAUGUACAGAUCCAUCAUUCCUCGUCUCGCCCAGCUCAGUCCAAAAGCUGUGCUGCUCGUCGCCUCUCAACCAGUGGACAUUAUGACACAUGUUGCCUGGAGACAGAGUCAUCUUCUGCCCACCCAGGUGAUCGGUGUGGGCUGUAAUCUGGACUCGGAGAGACUGUCUCACAUCAUCAACAUUUCACUGGUGGCAAAUAACACAGGGAAGCAGGCCUGGGUCAUCGGAGAGCUCUCUGAGAACAAGGUGGCAUUGUGGGGUAAUAUGGGGCCAGGCACUGACCAUCUACAAGCGUUAACCCCAGUGUCCAACUCCACCAAACCAUUAAUGGACAGGGCAUUAGAGAUGCUCAAAGGCAGAGGUCAGAGGUCAUGGUCAGUCGGGUUGUCCAUUGCGGACAUUAUUCACAGCAUUGCAACAGACAAAAAGAAGAUACACUCCGUCACAACACUGGCUGAGGGUUGGGGUGGAAUCGGUUCCAAAGUGUUCCUCAGCUUGCCGUGCAUCCUCGGGGAAAACGGCUCGACCCGAUUACCGGGAGUGGCUCUGGGUUCAGAAGAUGAAAUGAAGCUGAGGGAGAGCGUGGCGUGUCAGGUCAACCUCUUCAUGCAGCUGAGAUUGUAACUCGGGUGCUGGAUGAAACUGCAUCAUCUCUACAAGAGGUAUAUUUUUAUCUGCAGGCUCGGUUACAGCUGCAGCUUUGAAACACACUUUCAGAUUUAAUGAGGGGUGAGCUCAAGGAAAUUUCUCACGGAAGGUAAAGAUACAGUUUAGUCCUUCCUCCGAUACUUGCUUAUCUUAUAUUCUCACAGCAGCCACUGUGAAGUCAAAGUUGUCCAUAUGACAACAAUAGCACUUAACACUUUAUAUUGGCUUCCUGUGAAGCAUUAUGCAUAAAAUCACUGCACUUGUUUACAAUACAAACUAUGUAUAUGCAAUCCUGUUUGUCAUAAAUGGUUACCUGUGAGAAUAAUGCAUCAAUGGUGUCUUUAUGAAGGUUAAAUUAUGGUAGAAAGAUCAAAUGAAUGGCUUUAAGUGCUUGUUAAAUGCAGUUACCAAUCAGGCAGAUCUGUCAUGUAGGUUUGCUUUUAAAUGAAAGGGCAUGGGUGCCUGAUGUGCUUUUAUGCAAGUGAAUGUGUGUUUAUACAGAAAUACCUGACCCUUGUGUUAUAUUUAAUCAUGUUGUGCUUGUACCAUGUACCUCUGAAUGUGAAAUCAGAAUCAAUGACAGCAAUAAUUUAAAUAUUAAAAUAAACACUCCACUUUGUUAUGUCUCA